AUGGACACCAUUGCCGAGAAGUCGUCCAACACGCUGGCCGGCGGCGGCCAGGUGGCCGGCGAUGACAUCCCCAAGGAUGGUACAGGCGUUGUCAAGCUCGAUCCCUGGCUCUCUCCGUUCCAGGACUCGUUGAAGCGUCGUUACGCCAAGACCCAUGACUGGAUCAAGCGCAUCAACGAGACCGAGGGCGGCCUCGACAAGUUCAGCAAAGGCGCAGACAGCUUUGGGCUACACGUGGGCAAAGAUAACAGCAUCACCUACCGAGAGUGGGCGCCUGGUGCCGUGAAAGCUUCUCUGAUCGGAGACUUCAACAACUGGAACCAGGAGACACAUCCGAUGCAGAAGAAUGAAUUCGGUGUUUUCUCCGUAACCAUCCUCCCUAAUGCAAACGGCCAGGCCGCCAUCCCGCACAACUCAAAGAUCAAGGUGUCCCUUGAGUUGCCAGGUGGGAUGUGGGUGGACAGAAUACCCGCGUGGAUCAAGUAUGUCACGCAGGAUCUCUCAAUCUCGCCUGCGUAUGAAGGCCGGUUCUGGAAUCCGGCCCCUGCAGACAGAUAUGUCUUCAAGCAUCCUCGGCCGAAGAAGCCCGAGAGCCUCAGAGUCUAUGAGGCCCACGUCGGCAUCUCUUCGCCCGAGCUGCGGGUCGCCACAUACAAGGAGUUCACCAAGACCAUGCUCCCGCGCAUCAGAGAUCUGGGAUACAACGUCAUCCAGCUCAUGGCCGUCAUGGAACACGCCUACUAUGCCAGCUUCGGCUACCAGGUCAACAACUUCUUUGCCGCGAGCAGCCGGUACGGCUCUCCCGAGGACUUGAAGGAGCUGGUUGAUACGGCCCAUGGCAUGGGCAUAACUAUGCUCCUAGAUGUGGUGCACAGCCACGCCUCCAAGAACGUGCUCGACGGGCUGAACGAGUUUGACGGCACAGACCACCAGUACUUCCAUGAGGGUGUCAAGGGAAGACACGAACUCUGGGACAGCAGGCUCUUCAACUACGGCCACCACGAGGUCAUGAGGUUCCUGCUCAGCAACUUGCGGUUCUGGAUGGACGAAUACUGCUUCGACGGGUUCAGGUUCGAUGGUGUGACCAGCAUGCUCUAUCUCCACCACGGCAUCGGGACUGGUUUCUCAGGCGGUUACCAUGAGUAUUUUGGCGCCGGUGUCGAUGAAGAGGCCGUCGUGUACAUGAUGCUGGCCAACGAGUUGCUGCAUGAGUUGUACCCCGACGUUAUUACUGUAGCCGAGGACGUAUCGGGGAUGCCAGCCUUGUGUCUGCCGCUUGCCUUGGGCGGUGUCGGCUUUGAUUACCGGCUCGCCAUGGCAAUCCCGGACAUGUGGAUCAAGAUCCUAAAGGAGCAAAAAGACGAAGAGUGGGACAUUGGCAACAUCUGCUGGACGCUGACCAACAGGCGACAUGCCGAGAAGACGAUCGCAUACUGCGAGAGUCACGACCAAGCACUUGUGGGAGACAAGAGUCUCAUGAUGCACCUCUGCGACGCCGAGCUCUACACCAACAUGUCGACCCUCACGCCCUUGACGGCCGUCAUUGACCGGGGUAUGGCGCUGCACAAGAUGAUUCGCCUGCUCACGCACAGCCUGGGAGGCGAAGGGUACCUGAACUUCGAGGGCAACGAGUUUGGACAUCCGGAGUGGCUCGACUUCCCCCGAGAGGGCAACCAGAAUUCGUUCUGGUACGCUCGGCGCCAGUUCAACCUGACAGAAGACCCCCUUCUCAGGUACCAGUUCCUCAACAACUUCGACAGGUCGAUGAACACCACCGAGGCCAAGUAUGGGUGGCUUCAUUCGGACCAGGCGUUCAUCUCCCUGAAGCACGAGGGCGACAAGGUAAUUGUCUUUGAGCGUGCCGGCUUGGUGUUUGUGUUCAACUUCCACCCGAGCAACAGCUUCACGGAUUACCGCAUUGGCAUCGAGGUUCCGGGGACAUACCGGAUCAUCCUGAACACGGACAGCAAGGACCAUGGCGGCUUCAACCGGCUGGACGAGGCGACACGCUUCUUCACCGAGCCGCUCGAGUGGAACAACCGAAAGAACUGCACUCACGUCUACAUUCCCAGCAGAACGGCUUUUGUACUGGCGCACGAGUCGAGAAUCGGGGCUGGAGGGGCGACUCUGAGAGGAUUCCAGUGCUACUAA